AAUCUUCUUUCAAAUGCUCAAACAUCGAUCUUCCCUCCUUCUUCGUGUUCGAUUCGAUUCCGUUUUCUUCGCUCUGUGUUCGCUCUUCCACAUUCAUGCCAUCGGGUACACUUCAUCGCGAUUUACUGGUCGGAGCGGAAAUCGCCAGCAGAAUGGUGCUGUGGAGCUCGCACGAGCCCCGACGAUCUCCGUCCCAAUGCUCGUUCGAUCGCCGGACGGGGCAAUUUGGGAUCUUUUUCAUACCUGCAUCGUCUGGUCAUUUAGAGGCUCUUCUCGUUGAGGAGUUCAUCACUGGCGUUGCUCGAAUUGAUAUCUCGACGAUGAUGGAAGUGAUGGGUGCGUCGGUAGACUCUGCACAAGACAAUGAUAUAGCUGGAACAGGAAAACACGAGGCCAAUGUAUCAGAGUUGGACGGUUUUAAGCACCGUGUAGAUGAGAUUCUCAUGAAAGUCGAUCAGCUCGAGCAAAGAGUCAACGGAGUUGAGCAGUUCUAUCUCAACGCAAGUAAAAAGCAAGUGAACACUUUGAAAGGUAGCUCAGUAGUUAAGGAUAAAGAUAAAGAGAGGCAAAUCCCUAGCUUAAAGAAGCAGCAACUGGAUGCAUCUCGCAGAGAAGCAGCUGCUACAAAGAGAAUGCAGGAGCUUAUGCGCCAAUUUGGCACAAUAUUGCGCCAGAUCACUCAACACAAAUGGGCAUGGCCUUUUAUGCAACCCGUAGAUGUUAAGGGUCUUGGCUUGGACGAUUAUUAUGAGGUGAUUGAUAAGCCAAUGGACUUCAGUACAAUAAAAAAUCAAAUGGAGGCUAAAGAUGGUACUGGUUACAAAAAUGUCCGUGAAAUAUGUGCUGAUGUGAGGUUAGUUUUCAAGAAUGCAAUGAAAUAUAAUGCUGAAAAAAGUGACGUUCACGUAAUGGCCAAAACUUUGCUGGAAAAAUUUGAGGAGAGGUGGCUGCAGCUAUUGCCCAAGGUUACCGAGGAGGAGAAAAGACGGGAUGAGGAGGAGUCAGUUGCGCAGAUGGACAUGCAGCUUGCUCAGGAGGCUGCUUAUGCAAAGUUGGCAAGAGACAUAAGUAAUGAGCUCUAUGAGGUUGAUUUGCAUUUGGAAGAGCUCAGGGAAAUGGUUGUUCGGAAAUGCAGGAAAAUAUCGACUGAAGAUAAAAGAAACAUCGGCACAGCCCUUAGUUUAUUGUCUCCUGAAGAUCUCCUCAAGGCAUUGGAGAUUGUCGCUCAGAAUAAUCCAAGCUUCCAAUCAACAGCUGAGGAAAUAAAUCUGGACAUGGAUGCUCAGAGUGAAUCUACUUUAUGGAGGUUGAAAUUCUUCGUGAAGGAUGCUUUGGAAGUUCAGGGGAAGACUUCAUUAAGUACUGGGGCAGAUAACAACAAUACCAACAACUCGAAUAAGAACAAAAAUAACCACAGUAACAGCAACCAGAAGGUCCAGAACAACAAGAGGAAAAGAGAGAUAUGUGAUGCCAUCGCGAUAUCUGCCAAGAAAAGGAGUAAGAAACCUCAUGAUCGCAUCACAGAGAACAUAGUCAAGGGAGAUGCAGAGUUUCACAUGAAUUCCGAAAGGGCUUUCAGCUGAUCAGAAUUGUUGACCCGCGCUGUAACAGUUCUCCCCUGUCCUGUCUACUGAGUCGUAGUUUAUGCAGCUAAGUGUUGGCAUCAAGCAGAAACUUGUUCUAGACACUGACAUUGUAAAUUCUCCCUCUGUUGUUGCUAAGAUUUUGUUUUGCUCUCCUCAA